CACCUCAAUCUCACGAUAUUGCGGUGUUGUAAACAUAGAUAUAUACGGUCUGUGGUUGUAGAGUGUGUAGCAGGCUGCCGCCUUCCGCCCAUGGAUGUAUUAACGUCACUUCAGCCGUGGCGCUACGCGAAUAAAGUAACAUUUCGACAAUGAAGUCGUAAUUUUACGACUUUAAAGACGUAAUCAUAGUAAAGACGUAGUUUUAUCGGCCAGGACACAAAACAAAACAUUAGAAUCAUUAAUAGCAUUUUAUGUCUUUUACACUGAAAGAGUUAUCCAUGGAUCUAGGACUUCUCGGGUUCUUCCUCCGUGCGUUUCUUUUAACGAUUUACAUGCAUGGAUCUAUUAUAAAAUUAUUAUAGUUCUGUGUUUACAUGCCUUUUGCUAUCUACCUAGUCCAUAUGUGUUGUAAAUACUAGUAUCAGGUUGCACGCCAACGUAGUAGUGCUGAUGAGAAAAAAAUGUGUACUGUUACGAAGUUCCUGCAGGUGGCGAAGACCAACUUAGUAAGGGAGUGACUUUUCUCAUAACUUUUUUCUCCUGCGUCACAUAGAUAUUGUCCAGCUCGGUACAGCUACAGAUCAACUUUGGAGCAUAAUUUGGUAUGAUGGACCUGAAACAGUAUUUCAAAAGGAUUGGUUUUUCUGGAUCCUUCGAGAAAGCAGACCUUGCAACUCUGAAGUUAAUCCAUAAACUGCAUGUAAUGUCCAUUCCUUUUGAAAACCUCAGCAUUCACUGUGGAGAAAAGAUCGUCAUGGACAUUGAGGUCAUCUUUAACAAGAUAAUAAAUGGCAAUCGAGGGGGCUGGUGCCUUGAAAACAACUUCCUUUUUGGUUGGGUAUUGCAAGAAAUGGGCUAUAACCGCAUAACUCUUGGCUCUAAAGUUUUUAACAAUUCUCUAAAUGACUUUGGUCCUCUUGACUCUCAUCUCAUAAACAAGGUUGUGAUAGACGGGAAAGCUUAUAUUGCAGAUGUAAGCUUUGGGGUUUCUAGCCAAAUGUGGGAGCCCUUGGAACUUGUCUCAGGGAAAGCUCAAAGUCAGGCUGCAGGUGUUUUCUGUCUCUUCGACAAAGGGGACAUGUGGGUCUUGGAAAAAACUGGUAGAAAACCUGAAGUACUCGAUCCAGAAUUUGCCAAAUCACGCCUGGUGAACACAAAGCUAACAAAACCAAUCUACUGCUUUUCCUUGAAGCCACGAGGCCAGGAUCAUUUCACUGAGACGUGCUACAAACUUCAAACAGAUCCUACAACACUGUUUACGAACAAAUCCAUCUGUUCACUGCAAACACCAACUGGAUUCAAAGCUCUUAUUGGCUGGAUAUUCAGCCGCGUCACAUACAGCCCUGAUAAUGGUGUUGAUUUUUACGACAUGAAGAAUGUCAGUGAUGAGGAAGUGGAGAAAAUUUUGUGUGAAGAAUUCAAUGUAAGGCUGGUCAAUAAACUGCAGCCAGUUGACAAGACACUAAUGUACACUCUCUGAAAAAAUAUCAAGCCAAAUAAACAAAAAACUGACUUAAACUGCAAUGAAAGAUUUCAUUUGGUUGUCUGAAUGUUAACCAUGAAAACAAUGUAUAAAAUGUUAAAUUUGGUGUUGCUAAUCUGUAUGCCUAAAUUAAAUGAUGGAUGUUUCCUCACACUAGUUAUACUUACUGUGUAAUUAAUGUUGCACAAUUUUACACACAGUUAUUUCAUUUUCUGAAUUUUUGAUGGACAUCUUCCUUUAUGUAUAUGAUAGUGUCAUAUAAACGCAUAUGGGCUUGGCACGUGAGUGUAUGACACUUUAAUAAGUUAAUUCAUUUAUUCAUUCAUAUUGUAUGUAUUAUUAAGGUUUUAUUAAUGUUAUUUAUAAUAAUAGAACCAAUAUAUGGAGACAUUAUUAUUAGUAGUACUAAGUAUUUGUAUGAGUACUGUUAAAUAAUUACAACACUUGUUGUUAUCUGUGUUUGUGAAAGCAACCACUUAAUGUGUAAUGGGGGUGGGAGUAAAAAAAAAUAAUAAAAAAAAAAUCCCACUUACUUUUGAGCUUUCUUUCUUCUUUUUUUUUGACCUUAGUUAAGUACACAAAUGGUGCAGAAAGGUUUUGUUGUAAGCAUUGUAAUGUUAAGUUGACUGCCAUGACAGUAAUGUUCACACAUUACAAAUGGAACCAAGUUCGAAAUACUUGACUGAAAACCAAUAAAAUGAAAACCAUUUUUCAUAAAACCUUAAAA